AAGAUUGUCCUACAACAUUCAUUCUAUGUCGGUCAACGUUUCUACGCCAACCAGAGUUUUCAAAGUUUCUAGAAAUGGGCUGAACCCGAACUGGGCUGACGAACCAGAAUUUUGAAGCGAUUCAAGUUUUUAGGCUUUUGCUUUGUCCAGCCCGACAACAUGUUUUUAGCAUCAUACUUUUUUUUGUCUCAGUUUUUAGAUAUCAUGGGGCAUCCAACCAAAUAGCAAAGAUGGCGCACUUGUUUCUCAGUCGUAGAUGAAGAACCAGUGGUGGGGAGCAACACCACCCACAUAUCCACAUAUGGUUUCUCUGCCAUUUUGGUCCCAAGAAACACAAUGGGUCUCGGUUUCAGGCUAAAUCUCAAGUGGCGUUUUCCGACUCAGUCCCAUUCUCUCACCAAUUCACCCUUCAGGAUUUCUUCUUCUUCUUAUGUUAGAGGCAAGGAGGCUUCUUUCAACUUGACAAGGCAGUCUUUCGUGUCUGUUAUUUCUGAUGAGAGUGAGGCUUCUUACAAAGAUCCUCUGAAAGCAUACAUGUGUUCACCUGCUGCUUCAAAAUUCUCGGAGAAUGAUUUUUCAGAAAUGGAAGACAAGAAGGUGCCUGUUAAAGAGGACAAAUGUACUUCCUCCACGAGCUUAAAGGUGUACAGGACAGCACAUUUCAAGUUGUUAAUGGAAAAUACUCACGUUUUAGAGAAAACUUUUGUUGAUUCAGACAACCUAGGGUUAGAAAGAGAUAUUCUUCUGCAGCUAGGGAGACUCGGAGCUAUAAACUUAUUCAAUACCUGUCUAUCAAGGACCCUUAAAAUCUCAAAUGUUUUGGAUUUGUCUGAUGUGCCUACUGAGCAUGUUGGAGAGCACAAGAUGAAAAGCGAAGUAGAUGAUCAUAUAGGAAAAGUUAUUGUUCACUCUGGGAAAAUGAAAGAAAGAAAAUCAAGAAGAGAGAGAACAUUGAAAAAUGCCAGUGAAAUUUCUUUUCUGUCAAUGCCCUCAAAAACCAUUGAGAAACGUUUUGGAAAGCCUACCGUUUCAUCUGUAAAAAGAGCAUCAAGGUCUAGAGGUAGAAGGCUAAAGGUUACCAGGAAUGAGGCUGAAAUGUCAAGGGGGGUUAGGGUGGUUGCGGACUUGGAGAGAAUCAGAAGAACUUUGGAAGAGGAAACUGGGCGGGUAGCCAGCUUGAGUUGCUGGGCAGAAGCAGCUGGACUUGAUGAAAAGGUGUUGCAGCAGCAUUUGCAUUAUGGUUGGUAUUGCAGGGAUGAGCUUAUACGGAGUACUCGCCCCUUAGUUCUAUACCUUGCAAGAAACUACAGAGGUCAAGGAAUAGCUUUGGAAGACUUAUUUCAGGCCGGAAAUCUGGGAAUCCUCCAAGGUGCUGAAAGGUUUGACCAUACCAGGGGUUACCGAUUUUCAACCUAUGUCCAGUACUGGAUAAGGAAAUCAAUGUCAAGAAUGGUAGCACAGCAUGCUAGGGGAAUCCAAAUUCCUUGCACAUUAAGCAGCACAAUAAAUAAGAUACAGAAAGCUCGAAAAGCUCUUUACAGAAGCCACAGGAAAUACCCAGAUGAUGAUGAAAUUGCAAAGCACACUGGUCUUUCUUUGGCUAAAAUCAGAUCGGCUAGUAAAUGCUUCAGAGUUGUGGGUUCAAUUGACCAGAAAAUGGGAGAGUACAUGCAAUAUAGGGAAGUUACUCCUGAUAUGUCAAUAAGGAGCCCUGAAGAAAGUGUGAUGAGGCAACACAUGAGAAAAGACAUCCACAAUCUUUUGAAAAGCUUGGAUUCAAGAGAGAGACAAGUGUUGUUCCUGAGGUAUGGACUUGAGGACUACCAGCCCAAAUCACUUGCGGAUACGGGAAAGCUUCUCCAAGUCACCAAGGAGUGGAUACGGAAGGUUGAGAAGAAAGCUCUGACAAAGCUUAGGGAUGAAGAUAUCCGCAGAGAUUUAAGCCAUUUUUUGGAUAUCUAGUUUCACCUUGUGUCUGUUACUCACCAGAAGGAAUAGUUGGUAUUAACCCAAUCACUCUUUUAACUUUCUGUAAGCCCAAAUGAGAAAUGAGAAAUGCUAUUUAUUACACUGGUA